GUUUCUCAGUCUGUCUUGGUGGUCCCGCUACCACAUCCGUUACUAUAGAGAGUCCUCCCAUUACUAAGCCACCUUUACAUUUAGAUGUUCCCAUUGCUCUCCGGAAGGGUAAACGUUCAUGCAAUCUACACCCUAUUAGCCAUUUUGUUUCUUAUAAGUUCUCGUCCCCCUCAGCCCAUGCAUUUGUUACCUCUCUUUCUACGGUUUCUCUACCUAAGUCCUUGCAAGAAGCCUUAUUUGAUCUUGGGUGGAGGACAGCUAUGGAAGAAGAAAUGCUAGCACUACAUCAAAAUGGUACUUGGGACUUAGUUCCCCUUCCUUUUGGUAAGAAGCCUAUUGGAUGUCGGUGGGUGUAUGCAGUGAAAUUCCAACCUAAUGGUACAGUUGAAAGGCUUAAAGCUCAACUAGUUGCAAAGGGAUUUACUCAAACAUACGGUGUUGAUUUUGAUGAAACAUUCUCUCCAGUUACUAAGAUUACUUUAGUACAUGUUAUCAUUUCUUUAGCUGCUAUUAACCAUUGGCUUCUCCUUCAGAUGGAUGUUAAAAAUGCUUUCCUACAUGGUGAUUUGACCUCUGAAGCUGGUAUUAUUAUUCUUGUUGUUUAUGUAGAUGAUAUUGUGAUUAUAGGAAGUGAUUCACAAGGUUCUGAAAUCUUUGAGGAUUCACACAAGUAUCAAAACUUUGAUACGAUACACCCCACAAAUGAUGCAGAGAUGCAUAAGGUUCUUGCACACCGUAGUUCAGCAUCUUUUGACCAGAAUUGUCUUAAAGGUAUAAGAAGAGCAACGGCAAAUUCUCUCCACAUACUACCAAAUGAACUCAGGCAUGUUGUGGAGAUCCUUGGCGAUGUUGGUUUGGGUAUAAGAGAAAAGGAAAUUUCUGCAGCUUUUGUUUUUUUCAAGACCCGCUAUGCUGCUGUCAUUGCUUCACAGGUUCUUCAAUCUUCAAAUCCCAUGUUAUGGGUCACUGAGUUGGCACCAGAACCACAUGAUGUUUAUUGGUCAAACCUUUGGAUACCCUAUAGGCAGCUUUGGUUUCGUCGAAUAGCAACUCUUUUGGCUGCAAUUCUUUUCAUGUUUUUGUUCCUUGUCCCUGUCACCUUUGUACAAGGUUUGUCACAACUGGAACAGUUGCAACAGAUGUUCCCAUUUCUCAAAGGAGUUUUAAGAAAGGCAUUCGUAAGCCAGCUAGUAACAGGUUACCUUCCAAGUGUUAUCUUGCAAUUAUUUCUUUAUCUUGUUCCACCAACAAUGAUGCUAUUUUCAGCAGUUGAAGGUUCUAUAUCUCGUAGUGGCAGGAAAAAGAGUGCAUGCUGCAAGGUCUUGUACUUCACAAUCUGGAAUGUUUUCUUUGUUAAUGUUUUGUCAGGAUCUGUCAUUAGCCAGCUGAAUGUCAUUUCUAGUCCAAAAGACAUACCUAUCCAACUUGCUAAAGCUGUACCAAGGCAGGCUACUUUCUUUAUUACUUAUGUUUUAGCAUCAGGUUGGGUAAGCUUGUGCUCUGAAAUCAUGCAACUUUUUGCUCUUGUUUGCAAUUGGUUCGAUAAAUUUAUACUCAGAAAGAAGGAGAACCCAUCAUACAGUGCCCUAUCUUUCCCAUACCACACAGAAGUUCCAAAAGUUCUUCUCUUUGGACUCCUUGGGUUCACCUGUUCUGUCUUGGCACCUUUGAUUCUGCCUUUCUUGCUAGUGUACUUCUUUCUUGCUUAUGUUGUGUACCGUAACCAGAUUGUUAAUGUGUAUGUUUCAAAAUAUGAAACGGGUGGACAAAUUUGGCCUAUUGUACACAAUACCACUAUUUUCGCACUGGUGCUGACACAAAUAAUUGCACUUGGAGUGUUUGGAAUGAAACAGUCACCAAUUGCAUCAGGCUUCACCAUCCCAUUGCUGAUAUGCACUCUCCUUUUCAAUGAGUACUGUAGGCAGCGAUUUGGUCCUAUAUUUAAGACGUUCUCUGCAGAGGUUCUUAUUGAAAUGGAUCGGAAAGAUGAGAAAUGUGGACGGAUGGAAGAGAUUCAUCAACAACUGCUAUCGGCCUAUUGUCAGUUUUCAUUGAACCCGAAUGAUUUAUUAUGCAAAGCUGAGGACUCAAACCGUUCUGGAGGUGCAAAUUGCGUGCACUAUCCAGAAGACAUGAAAACAGGAAAGGAAUCCACUCAAUCGAGCAAACCAUGGGCUGCUAGCAGCAGCUUGGAAAGAGGAGAUACCAGUUGAUCGAUGAAAGGACGUGCUUGAGGAUUGUUUUUUAAGUCUUGUACAAACCAAUGCCUGCCUCAAUGCCAAUUGCUGCCUUACUGCUCCUCAUGCCAUUUAUUAGUUCUCAUCAGCGAAUGCAAGAUAAAAGUAUGUUCAAUUGACGGGUCAGCCAUUCAAUUCUGAGAAACAGGUCAGGAGGUUGUGAAAGGUGGAGCCUACUAGCACUUUUGCUUGUGUUCACCGUAUACUUAUCUAGGAUGCUUGAUUUCAAUGUCAGACUACCAACCAAAUUCAUAAUGACAGUCUGAUCCAUGAUGUAACUGGGUUUUUGGCUUCAUUUUGAAAAAUGUCAAAAUAUCGGUUGCCUCUACAUAAUGCAAAUGUCUAAAUUAUACAUAAUCCUGAUUGAACCAAAUGUGAUGUACCUUUUUUUUUCUGAAUCACUGGUUCUGAAAAAUGUUUCAAGGCUGUACCUAUGAGAGAUCAAAUCAGCAAUAUCGAGA